AUGGUGGGCCUCAUGCAAAUGCAACAGCAGGUGCAACAGCAGUUGCUCCAGACACAGCCUCAACAAGGACGAGGGGAACAGUGUGAACAUCGUAGCAGCAUAGCUGAAUUUAAGAGGCUGGCUCCUCCAGCUUUUCAGGGGACUACAGAACCUUUGGAAGCAGACAAUUGGCUUACGGAGAUGGAAAAAGCAUUUGCUGUCUUAAGAUGCCGAGACGAUGAAAAACUUUUGUUUGCAUCAUACAUGUUGCAGGGAGAAGCAUUUAAUUGGUGGCAGAUGUUGGAGCAUAAAUUUGAGCAUGAUGGGGAACCUCUCACUUGGGAUAAAUUUCGAAAAGCAUUCUAUGAUAAAUAUUUUCCUCGGAGUGUCAGGACACAGAAGGAACAAGAAUUUAUUCAUUUGAAGCAAAGGGGCAUGACAGUGGCCGAAUAUGAAGCCAAAUUUACAGAACUAGCCAAAUUUGUUCCGAAAUUGGUAGAGGAUGAGCAAGACCGAGUGCACAAGUUUGAGAUGGGAUUGAAGACUGAAAUUAGGAAGCUUUAA